AUGCAGCCACCUCGCAUCACCUCGCUACAUUUAUGAGAGAGCAUUUAAAUGUUGUCUCCGAAGUAAGUUUAGCUGGCACAUUUUUUUCAGACAUAACUACAUGCCUGUGGCUUAUUACCACUUCCUCUAAAGGCAGCUCAUGUAGAUGUCACAAAUACUUAUUUUGAGAAGCUCUGGUGCCCUGGUUGGAGUCAGAAGAGAAGAUGGUCUGGACAAACGAGUCGUGUUGCGCAUUUAAAGGGGAGCUGCUCUCCAACAUGCUGCCGCCUCUACUCCUGCUGGAAUGUGUGCUAGGAAUGCUGGGUAACGGAGGGGCCCUCUGGAUCUUCUGUUUCUAUGUGAAACCCUGGAAGAGCAGCACCGUCUUCCUGUUCAACCUGGCUCUGGCCGACUUCCUGCUCAUCGUGAUCCUGCCGUUUCGUGCCGUCUACUACCUGAGGGGGGAGGACUGGAUUUUCGGCGAUGCGUUCUGUCGCAUCUCACUCUUCAUGGUGGCCAUGAACCGAGGGGGCAGCAUCUUCUUCCUCACCGCUGUGGCCGUAGACCGCUACCUCCGGGUGGUCCAUCCUCACCACCCCAUCAACUCCAUGACCGUCUCCAGGGGAGUGUGUGUCGCCAUCUUCGUGUGGGUCCUCACCAUCUCCCUGACUGUCCAUCUUCUCACCAUACCCCACCACUUCCAGGCUUUGGACACCAACCACUGUGACAGCUUCAUUAUUUGCCCUCGGUCUGACUCCAGCCCCACCUGGCACAGGGCGGUCUUCAUCUUCUCCUUCUGCAUACCACUAGCCGUCAUCCUCUUCUGCUCUCUUCAGGUGGUCAUGAAGCUCAAGGAACGCCAGUUGGAUAAGCAUGGCGGGAUCCAGAGGGCCCUCCAUCUCAUUGUCCUGGUGGCCGCCAUGUUUGCUGUCUGCUUCCUCCCGAGCAAUGUCAUCCAGCUGAUGAUCUGGACCAAGAAGUCCAAAGACUGCAACUCUUUCGAAGGCCUGGAUACAGCCUUCUACAUCACCCUCUGCCUGACCUACCUCAACAGCACGCUCGACCCCCUCAUCUACUACUUCUCUAGUCCAGCCUUCAAGAAGAUCUACAAGAAAGUGGCCCGGCUCAGCUUGAGGAAGAACGAGGAGCCAAGCCCAGCCGAAGACAAGACCAGAGAGACUGGGUCUCAGAGCCUCAGCCAGCUGUGAACCUUUACAAACCGUGUUUCUUAAAUUUCAACCUCAGACCUGGGUCAAAUGUUUUAUUUGAACUUAACCCCUUUAUUACUGAACACAUUCAGAAUUAACAUCAGAAUUUAUUUUGAAUGAUUCAACAGCAUUUUGAUUGUACCUUUUGGUUAGUAACAUGUUUGCUGGAGGUUCUACAGGAGUGGUUUCACAUUUUACGAGCAUCUAAACAGUUAAAGCACCUUAAAUGUAUGUUUGACCCAGAUCUAACAACAAGCAAAAAGAAAAAGAAAAAACAAAAUGUGUAACGGCUGAAUCUUGUGUGGUUUUGAUUCAUAAUCACCUCUGGUAUUCAUUUGAAUUAUCCCUGUCUGUAUAUGAAAUUUUCAUCUGUGAUACGAAAGAUUGGCUAGACUGGACUGCUUCUUAUCUCGACACCACUGACAGGGGGAACAAAGGACUGAACUGAAGCGACUUGACUCAAACUUGGAAUAACCUCCAGCCAGGUAACACAGGAAGAUAUACCUCAUAUCUUCAACAGUAUUUUUCACACCAAUGGUGAUAGGCUGCUGGCCAGCUUGCCAGGUCCAAUUCUGCAUAUGAUUUAAUUGUCCAAGAUUUGAUGUGUGGCAAUGUUGCAUAAUAGGGACCCAGGUUCCUAGGUGUGGUGCUGUUUUCCUAAUCUUGAAUAUCCAGCUUUAUAAAUGGGAUUGUGUGUUAAAAAAUAAAAUGAAACUGUGUAAGUCACUAUGGAUAGGAGUGUACAUGGUAUGCAAA